AUGAAUCUCGAGUCCCGCCUGGUCGAGCUCGAGGAUCUGGGCCGGCAGGUGCAGACUCACGGGCGCAAGGUCGGGGCCAUGGAGAUGUGCAGCAAGAUCGAGGAGUUGACGGUGGAGGAUCUGAAGAGGGUGGCUAGGAUGGUGUUUGGUGGGCUGGUGCAGAAUCCCGGGAAGGGCACAGGCGCGCCGACGGUGGUGGUCCAGGAGGGGUUGGAGGAGGGCGUCAGGAGGAAACAGAUCCCUUGGGAGGAAGUGCAGGAUCGGAUUGCCAGGUGGAAAUUGGGGAGGCCGUAG